AUGGCGCGGACGCGCGGCAGCGAGGACGACGACGUGGAUUGGGCGCGGGAGGUGGACGCGGGGGACGGCGACGGCGAAUUCGUCGUCGAGGCGUUCGAUACGAGGGACGAUCUGGCGCGGGCGCUGUGCCUGGAGGUCGAGGAAAACGCGCGGGGGUGCUUGCAGGAGCGAGGGGCGUUCACGAUGGCGGUGCCGGGAGGGAGCGUGGCGAAGGCCCUGCGCGGGCUGCGCGAGGCGGAGGGAUUGGAUUGGGACAGGGUGCACGUGUUCUUCGUCAACGAGCGACCGGGGGAGCAAAAGUGCGCGAAAUUGGCCAAGGAGACGUGGACGGAGGCGUGUGGGAUUCCUGAUGCGAACGUGCACUGCGUGAUGGCGAGCGAUGACGUGGAAGCGUGCGCGGCGGAUUACGAAAAGCAAAUGCGGUCGCUCGACGAAAACCAAAUGCCGAUCGACGAGGAGAACGGAAUGCCGGUGUUUGAUUUGAUCUUGCUCGGAAUGGGGGCGGAUGGACACGUGGGGAGUAUUUAUCCGAACUCUGCCGCGGCGAACGACGAGACCGGGGCGUGUGUGCUCGGAGUGGACAUGCCGGGGAAGCGGACGGUGACGAUGAGCAUGGCGCUCAUCAACACCGCCGAUCGCGUCGUGCUCGCGGCGACUGGGAGUGAGAAGGCUGAGACCGUGCGAGCGGCGCUCGAGGACGAACUCGAGUGGGGGGAAAUUCCGGGCUCCAUGGUGGACGCGUUCUCGACGAUUUGGUUCCUCGAUCUCGCGGCGGCGUCCAAGUUGAGCGCCUACGAGGACAUGGACAUGGACACGGACGACGACGAAUGACGCGCGCGUCGACGACAGGCGACGACAAGGAACGUAUUUUUAUCGAUCAAAGUUUGAUAGUAAUACGAGAAAAUUUUCCCAUG